AUGCUGCUCUCUGCAUUUCUUCCGCAAAAUCCAUUAUCCAAUCGCACCCCACCCCACCACGCCCCUACUCCUACCCUCCUCUUCUACAAAGCAGCAGCAGCAGUUCACGCUUCUACACUGAGAGUACCACCAGUCGCUCUCGCUACCUCCUCUACUACUCUCCGUCACGUGAGCGGCACGUGCUCCGAUGAUGGCGACGACGCCGGUGAAGGCAUGGUUGUGUCAGCGUCAGCUGUUGUUGCGGCGAUACGGAAUGCUUCCACGUCACCAGUGGAGUUCGUACAGAGGAUUGAGAAAGAUGAGGGGAAGAAUAGAGGUUUAGUAUUACCCAGUGCUGAUUUCCACAGACUUUGCAUUGAACAAUUGGAACUAUUUCGACGUAUUGUCCAUCCUGACUCCGUUCUUUCCGUUUAUGUAAGACCAGCUGGCAGCUAUGUAAUGGACCGCCUAGAGUUGCGGCGGAUUACUUUACAUCCACAUGCUAAUGCAACAGAUCUUGUGAUUCUAAUUGGUAACUUUAGCAUUCCAGCAGGCUUAAGAAUUGCCGAAGCAGCUCUUUCGAGGAAAGAGGCAGAGUUACUUCCCGAGCUUGGAGCUGUGGUGUUCCCUAUGGUGAAGCACCCGUUUAUUGUUGGGUUUUUAGUUGCGGAACUCCCAAGAACUACAUGGGAUAAGGGAGGGCUUAAUGUGAAAGAAUGGCCUGCUCAAGAGGAGAUUUUUUCUUUGCCUCCUAGCACACAUUUGAAAUCAUUGAAUGUCCAAACUUCAAGCGACCACUCCUUUGAGAUGUUAAAAUUUACAGCCGAGCAAAGAUUAAAUGCAAUAAAUAUUAACCGUUCACUUGCAAUGGCUUAUGUCAUGGAUCAGAAAGCAAUUCUGCUCCAACAGUCCACCUGGCAAAAUAAUAUCAGGAUGAGCAAUUUGGUUGAGCAAAUUCGGGGUUCUCUUUCCAGUAUUCGAACUUUGAGUAAGAUGUUAUCUGUUCAGAUUAGAAAGAGUGAGAUUUCAUAUGACAUUGUUCAAGACAUUUUGGAGCAAGGUGAUUGCUUGAGUGACACUCUUAAGGGACUCCAGGAUGCUGUUUCUUUAACAAAGGCUAAUAUAAUGCGCUAUAGUGAAGAAACAUUGAAAAGGAUGCCUAAAUCAACUCAUCCUGGUCAUGAGUCAGUGAGGUCACAGUUAUCCAAUAACUUAUCUGAGAAGCUAGAAUCUCUCUCUUCAAAAUCCAAGGAUCUAGAAAUGCCAAUGCCACCUCUUGCUCUUGCACCUUUACGCCAGGAAGGAAUCAGACCAUGCAAUGUUUCUGAUGUACUGGUUGAUUUGGUGGGGGCAAUGGCGCCUUUAGCAAACGAGCAGCGGAGAGCCGUUUUACUUUCUGAGGUUCCAAGAUCUUUACAAGUACCUGUAGAAGAGCCUGCUCUACGACAGGCAUUGGGUAAUUUAAUCGAGGGUGCUUUAUUGCGUAUACAAGCUGGUGGGAAGGUUGAAAUUGUUGCCACUGGAGCACCUGCAGGGGGCGCUCUUAUUAUAAUUGAUGAUGAUGGCCUUGAUAUGCACUAUAUGACACAGAUGCACUCUCUAGCACCUUUUGGGGCAGAUCUGUUUUCUGAAGAUAAGGUAGAGGACAACAUGACAUGGAACUUUGUGGCUGGGCUAACUGUUUCUCGAGAAAUAUUGGAGAGUUAUGGAUGUGUUGUGCGGUUGAUCUCACCACGAGUAACGGAUGCUGCAAUUGGAACUGGAGGAACCCGAAUAGAACUCUGGUUUCCCUCUUUAUCUGCUUCAUCUGUCGUAAAUGACCCUUCUCAUGAGGUUUAACAAUGAUUGGGAAUUCCACUAUCGUUUAUCUAGUUGUUGAAAGGACAAGAACAUACAACAAAUUUCCUGUUUGAUCCUUUGCGGAUGCUGAGAUGGAAAAAUUGAAAAGAACAUGUACUUUUCUGAUCCAUUUAGUGACACAAAUUUACCAGAUGACUAAUUUCUCUCCUACUGGGCCUGAACAAUAUGUGGAAGGUAUAGCGAAUGCUACCGGAGAAUGUCCUGAUAAUAUUUGGGGGAAUCAUUCGUUUGGCUUCGUCAAACACUUCCUCCCGCUGGUCAAGCCUUCUACAGAAAAAGCAAUGCUUGAAGACUUCUGUAUAUACUUUAGCAUAGAAGUUAUUUCCAUUUGUCAAUCUGUUAUCUGUUGUGUUGCUAAGAAAUAUUGUGACUAUGAACCGAUUGCAUGGACAGAAACUGCAGUUGUAUAAAUCAGUGUACCCCUA